CCUUUCUCUCUAUAUAUAUCCAUCAAACCCCUUCAUCCUCAUCAUUCAUUCUUUUACACAUUCUCAACCAUCUCCUUCCUUUCGGAACAUAAUAUACUAGUCUCCUUUUUUCAGCUUAAAUUUUCAGCCAUGAAUCACAACCAGCAACACUUCAGUCAAUCAUCAGCAGCUGCAUACGCACCACCACCACCCUCCACGGCGCCAGGACCCUACGUGACAGCACCGCCGGCCGGUUACCCGAUGAGCAAAGACGAGUACAGUCAGCAAAAUCCGGCUGCUGUCGAAACCAAGUCCAGAGGUGAUGGAUUCUGGAAAGGAUGUUGUGCUGCCCUUUGCUGUUGUUGCGUUCUGGAUGCAUGCUUUUGAAGCUUUUAUUUUUGUUCUUUCCAUUGGAGUUUAUGUAUUAGUUUCCAUUGUUUUAUAGAAAUUAUGGGUUUAUUUUUAUUGAUUUUUACAGAUUCAGAUUUGAUAGUAUAACUGGGGACGAUGAUGACUUUUUUAGGUUAAUCUACCCAUGUAUUUAUGUUUUGAAUAAAUUUAUAUUGUUGUAUCAUUAUUUUU